AUGGAGCUCCACCACCUUGCUAAGAAGAGAGGGCAGCCGGACCAGUGCAACAAUCUGGACUGGAGUUUGGGGGCUCCUCCCUGCGACCACCAGCAGGUUAGAGGAGAUGUGAGGUUGGCUGAAGCAGCAACCAGAGCUGCUCUCUGCUGUCAGAAGCACUGCAAAUCUGCACAAAGGGUUAUAGAGGAUAAUGAGACCAGCUCUCCUCCCACAUUUGACUUCCUCCCUCAGAAAGAUAGCAUUGUUCAGACAGAUGGCUACCCAUCAGGAUCUCUCAAGUUAGAAAAAGAGCCAGUAACGGCUGAAGAGAAGGUCUGCCAUUGUUAUGCCCAGGAACUUGAAACCUCCUUCACCUAUGUUGAUGAAAAUGUCAACCUGGAACAUUAUACUGGCAGCCUUUCUCCAGAAAAGGAUGGCAGCCACCAAAGAGAUCCUGGCUGGGAGAACACAAAUGAGUGGUCUCAUGAGGCUGCCAUGUCUCUGAUAUCUGAAGAAGAUGACAUGGGCUCUGAAGCCACUGCUUCAGGGAAGUCAACAGACUAUGGCUUCAUCAGUGCCAUCUUGUUCUUGGUCACUGGUAUCUUGUUGGUGAUCAUCUCCUAUUUGGUCCCCAGGGAAGUGACUGUGGACCCCAAUACCAUCGCAGCCCGGGAGAUGGAACGCUUGGAGAAUGAGAGUGCCAGGAUUGGGGCUCACCUGGAUCGCUGUGUGAUAGCUGGCCUCUGCCUCCUUACUCUGGGUGGUGUGGUUCUGUCCUGUUUGUUGAUGAUGUCCAUGUGGAAGGGGGAGUUAUACAGGAGGAAUAGGUUCGCCUCUUCCAAAGAGUCUGCAAAACUCUAUGGUUCCUUCAAUUUCAGGAUGAAAACUGGCACCAAUGAUAACACACUAGAAUUGUCCUUAGUAGAAGAAGAUGUCCUCACUGUAGAUAGCUAAUUGUGGCUAUGCAUUUCCUUUACAAAAAAAUGGCACAGGACAGAUUCCUAUUACAUUGAACAACAUGAAAUAAGUAAUGGUCCACAGGUUGAAUAUCUGUCGUAGAAUUCCCUCAGAAAAAAAAAAAAACCAAGU